AUGGCAGCAUCAUCUGCAAUAAAUGUGAUGUUAACAAUCCACGAGAAGAAAACAGUCUCAGUAGAAUUAUACAGACCAUUACGGAAUUACAUCUGCACUCAUUAUUCAGAACGCGAAGCUCAAAACCUAGAAGAUGAUUUACAGAUAGUGAAACAAUAUAGAUCAGAUAUUGAGAAAUCAUCAACAGAUACGCCUGAAAUUCGUCGUGAUCUAUACCAAUCAUAUUUCAAAACCCUAGUUGUAUUAGAAUCAAGAUUUCCAAUAUCACCAGAUAAAGAUCAUGUGAAUUCAAUCAGUUUUAUAUGGUAUGAUGCUUUUAAGACUAAAUUAAAAGCAUCACAACAGAAUAUACAUCUUGAGAAAGCUGCUGUGUUGUUUAAUUUAGGUGCUGUUUAUAGUCAAAUUGCUCUGAAUGCUGAUAGAUCAUCAGCUAAUGGUUUGAAAGUUGCUUGUAAUAUGUUUAUGGCAUCUGCUGGUGUUUUUUCCUAUCUUAGAGAUAAUGAAUCAAUGAAAGCUACGACUGGGUCGUCUUCAAUUACAUUGGAUGUUUCUGUUGAUUGUGCUGGUAUGUUAGAGAGACUUAUGCUUGCUCAAGCACAGGAAUGCUUCUUUGAGAAAGUUACUUCUGAAGGUAGAGGUCCUGGUCUUUGUUCUAAGGUCUCAAGGCAGGUUGCUAUUUUCUACGAAGAAGCUUUUUCAGCGUUGAAUCUUGCUCCUCUCAACCAGCAUUUCGACCGGUCAUGGGUAUAUCAUGUACAGCUAAAGGCAGCUGUGUUUCAUGCGGAGGCUUGCUACAGGUCAGGUUUGGAACUGCAUGCUAAAGAGGAGAUUGCGGAAGAAAUCGCACGAUUGAAGAGUGGAAUUAGUACCUUGACGGAGGCAAAAAAAUACACAAAAGGGGUUGCCCAACAGGUUGUUGAUUCAAUUAAUAGAUUAGAAGUUAUGAUGAAUCGCAAUCUAGAGACAGCUGUUAAAGAGAAUAACAGAGUUUAUCUCAUGAGGGUUCCUGCACCUGAUUCGUUACCCCCUCUCCCAGCACAUUCGCUGGUCAAGCCGACGCCUAUGGGUGAAGUUUUGGAUGCAAGCAAAGAGAAGAUGUUUGCAAGUCUUGUCCCUGACAGUUCCUUUAAGGCCCUUUCUAGGUACACUGAAAUGGUUGAUGAUAUCAUCAGGACACAAGCCGAGAAGCUGCAGCAAGGGAGCGAGUUAACCCGAGUGAGGCUUAAAGAAAUGGAACUCCCUGAAUCAAUUCUUGCUUUAGAAGGGAAUAGUUGUCUUCCAGUGGACAUUAAAGAAGAUGUGGAGGCAGUUCAGAUUAGUGGUGGUCCAUCUGGUUUUGAAGCUGAAUUACAACAACUUAAGGAUUUGAGCAGGGUGAACCACGAAUUGUUGGUUCAGACCGAGGAGCUUUUGCAGAAAGAAGCGAGAGAAGAUGCUCAAUUUCGUACCCAAUUUGGGACACGAUGGACUAGACCUCAGUCCAGCACUCUUACGAAGAACUUGCAAGAGAGAUUGGGUAGAUUCGCCGGGAACCUUAAACAAGCUGCAGACAGUGACGGACGAAUUGAGCGUUCUAUAAGAGAUCAUGCUGCUCUCAUGGAGAUCCUUGACAGACAGCCGAUAGAAUCUGCACUUCCUACUCUUGCAAGGCCAAUAAUGUCACUGGACGCCGGUGAAGAUGCAGUUGUGGGAGCUUUGAAACAUAGCUUGAGACAUUUGGAGACUCUUGGUGCUCAACGUGCGGGUCUCGAGGACAUGCUCAAAGAGAUGAAAAGGAAGGAUGAUAUAUUACCCAAGUUGAUGACGUCUCCUGGAUCAUAUGAUGAUCUCUUCAGGAAGGAGGUUGCCAAAUAUGACCAUGUCUGUGAAGAAAUUGCACAAAAUAUCGAUGCACAAGAACACUUAUUAGUAAAGAUUCAGGCUCAGAAUGAUGAAUUUGCUGCUUUAUUUAAUCUUGAAGACUACAAAGCAUCUCGUGAGAAGAGCUAUAAACAAAUUCAAGCCGCCAUAGCUAAGUUCCGAGAAAUCAAGGAGAAUACUAAUGAAGGAUUGAAAUUUUAUGUUACUCUUCAGGAUGCAAUAACCAAUGUAAAGCAGCAGUGCAGCGAUUUUGUCAUGACAAGAAACAUCCAAUGUAGGGAAAUGAUGGAAGAGGUACAAAGACAAGUAGCAGGUCUUAGCUUUCAGGAUGGUAAGAACCACUCCUACCCUCCUGUUGGGAACCAGCAGCCGCAGGCUCCCAGAACAUCAUCUAUGCCACCAGGUCCUCAAAUUCCACCGAAUUCUCACCCCCAAGCACCUUAUUAUCAUCAGUCCAUGGAGCAACCAGGGGCGCAUGGAUAUGCUCGUCCUCCACCCUCAUAUGGCAACCCACAGCAACCCCCGUACGGUAACACACAGCAACCACCACCUCCCUACCAUUUACAGGCCACUGGUAGCCCGUAUCCACCACCUUCUCAACCCCAACAACAACAACCUGAAUAUGGGCAACCAGCUUAUCCUGGUUGGCGGGGUCCCUACUAUAAUGCCCAUACACAGCAACCUGCAUCGCAUCCUUCACCACCAUAUGGUGUUCCUCCUGGUCCUUGCCCUCCUCAUCAGCAAGGACCUGGUGGCUACUACAAACAAUAGUUUGGACCAUUCCUCAUUUGUCUGUAUAACAUUCUGUUUGUUUGGUUGGUGAAUUUAUACUAGGUGACAGAUGAUUCAGAACUUGAUCUUCCUUUUGUAUUGAUCUGAAUGAGGAAAUGAAAACUUUUAUACUUCGUACUAUUAGUGUGGUAAUGUUUAAUAAAACGGUCAUAUAAUGAAUGCCAGUUUGUUGCUGGUAAAGGAGUUGUUUUCUUUAGUAAGAUUUCAACAUUUUCAUUCA